AUGAACAGUGAGAAGAUAGAAAUUAAUUUAUCAUGUGUAGAUAUUGCCACAUUUAAGAAGCUUGAAAAGCUUAUUAAAGAAAAACUUCCUGGUGUUAUUUAUAAUAAUAUCGCAGAUUAUCAAACAAGUCCCAAUCAAUCAAAACUAUUACAAGAGAAUACUAUUAAAUCAAUGAUUGCAGCUUCCAAAAACCGUGCUCUAAGCUAUCAAAGAUCUCUGCAAAUGAAAAAAAUCAAUGAACAAAGAAAAAUACAAGAUGGAACUGCAGACGAAUUAGAACAAGAAGCAGAAAAGGCAGAUCUUGAAACUCUCAAUGACAAUGAAGAUGAUUCUGAUGAUCAAGAUGAAGAUGAAACAAAUGGUGAUGAAUCCUUGAGUUUAAGCGAAAUAUUAUUAGAUGAUUAUACCCCAUUAUUUAAGUACCCUCCGUUUGCAGAUAAAUUAACGUGUGUUAUCAUUAAUAACAUGUUAUAUAAUUUAAAUUUUCCAAACUCAAAGAGCCGACGAUACUAUGCGGAGACACUUCAAUUUGCCUUUAUGUUGUAUUGCAAACAACCCUCAGAAUAUUUGUUGGCAAGACAGAAACUUAUGUUGCCAUCAAAAGCAACUCUAUUUCGAGUCUUUGGUAAAGAUAUUGCAGCAUGGAAGGAACUUUUGCUUUCAAAAUCAUCUUCACUCCCAGUAUUCCUCAGAUUCAGGGAAUUAUAUCCAUAUACAGAUGAGGAAUUACGUGAACAAUGCCAUUUUUGCAUUGGAAUAGAUGCAAUCACAGGCAAAUUAUGGAAGAAGUCCGGCCAUGACGAUCAAAUCGAGGACUUAUUUGCAUUAUAUUUGAUGCCAUUAGAUUGCAAAGGUCCAUCAAUAUGUUUGCAUAUAAUACAACAUACAAAUGGUCUUGCAUCUGGAAUUAUGAGUGAAAUCUUGGAUUACAUUGCUACAGUUCAGAAAACACUGAAUGUUCCAGUUUUUACAACUGAUGGUGACAAAUCUUACGAUUUUGUUUAUCAGAUAUUCUUUCACCAUUGGUACAGCCUAGUUACUGGCUUUGAUGGAUUAGUAGAAGUCCUUAAAAGUGCAAAAUUCCAAGAUCUUAAGAUUAUCUUCAUCGCGGACGUCGUUCAUAUAGGCAAAAACCUCAGAACGUUAUUAAUUUUCCCCAAUAA